AUGGGACCAUUUCCACCUUCGUCAGGCUACCUUUACUGUCUCCUCACCAUAGACUAUGUCUUAAAAUGGGUGGAAGCUAUGCCUUGUCGAAAUAAUGAUAACACAACUAUUGUGAAAUUCUUAAAGGCAAAUGUGCCAUCUAGGCUAGUCUAUGGAAAAGCCUGCCACCUUCUUGUUGACCCGGAACACAAAGCUUAUUGGGUAGUUAAAAGCCUGAAUUUUGAUCUCAAGGCAGCAGGACUCAAUCGUAAGCUUCAGUUGUCAGAAAUUGAGGAUUUAAGGAACGAUGCUUAUGAAAACUCUAGGAUCUACAAGGCUAAAAUGAAAUCGGCUCAUGACAAGCAGAUUCUAAGAAAAGAAUUUGAGCCAAACCAACGAGUGCAUCAUUAUGACUCCCGUUUGCAUCUCCACCCUGGAAAGCUGAGAUCGAGGUGGACUAGCCCAUAUGUUGUGAAAAUUGUCUUUCCCAAUGUUUCUAUUGAGUUCACUGACCCAACCGAUGGGAGAGUAUUCAAAGUAAAUGGCUAG